AUGUACCCAGUGUAUCGCCUGCACUGUCUGCAGGAGUUGUACGAGCAUUUGCACUUGAAAAACACUUUCACAUAUCUAUAUAACGCUGAAAUGGAGCGCUCAGAAAUCAAGGAGUACCUGGAAAAGCACCCAGAACGACUGAUCAGGCUUGGCGAAGACAUAAUUUCCCCCACAACCAAUAUACGACGUAAAAUGACUGAAUCUUUCAAGAUCCGCAAGACCGGCUGCACUAAUAAGGCUGAACUCCUCACUCUGGCUGCAGAGAAGAACCACUCGUUCAUCUUCAAGAUCGGCAACAGCUGGUUUGAAAGUCGCAAGGACCACGCUGCUUUUACCGAGUAUUAUGAGAAGCUUAAGCCCAACCAGAAGUGUCACAUGGAGGUGGUGCUCGCUGGCAAGCCAGUGAAACCGUACUUUGACAUUGAGCUGAAAGGUAUUGAUGAGAUUGAGGAUUUUGAUGCCGAUGAAGCCGGCAUAAAUGUUAUCAAGUGGAUUAAAGGCUCGUUCAAGAAGCACUUUGGAAUCACUAUCAAGAAUGCUGAUCUCGCGGUCUGCGAUGCUAGUAACGAAGAGAAGUGGUCUAUGCGUAUUAUUGUGAAUAAAGAAGACGUGUUCUUCGCUGACAACUCUAUCCAGAAGGUGUUUAUGGAUAUUGCGCUCUCUGAAGCCUCAGACUUUGUAAAGAGCUGUGUUGAUUCUGCAGUGUAUGACAAGGAUCGUGCUAUGCGCAUCUGCGAGAGCUAUAAGGACGUGAAUGGGUUAUUUGUGCGGCCUUUUAAGACGAUUAGCAACCAUGAGAUUGAAAGCUUCCUCAUUACAAACCCAGUUGGCACGAAUCCGCUGCAGUGCGAUGCUAUCGAUGAAGCGCUUGAAGAACAGGAGCGCUCUAAUAAGGCCGCGGAAGAAAGAAGGAAGCUGCAGUUGGCAACUCCAGUGAAUGAGCACACAGUGAGGGAGAUCCGCGAGAUUCUAAUGGAGCACCUGGGUCCUGAGCACUAUGGACAGCGUAAACAUUGGUUCGGUAUCGUAGCUGCAGUGAAGUGUGUCUUGGGUGAAGCUGGAUAUGACCUAGCAAGGGAGUUCUCCGCCAGAGCUGGCGAUCCACAAUAUGACAAUGAUUUCCCAAAGAAUUGGGAAUCUAUCUCGCCCGACCACAACUGGUCUAUGGAAUCUCUGUACAAGUAUGUGAAGGGUGGUAGCAGUGCGCUGCGUUGUAACCAGGAUUUUAGGAUUGACAGUGAUGAAGAAGAAGAGAAUGAGAAGCCAAUGCAGUUUAGUGAAGAUGAACCAGAGUUUGGCAACGAAGAUGCUGAUGCACUCAUUCUGAAAGAUCUGUUUGCUGGGAAUGUAAUUUCUGUGAGCUCAAAGAGUGACGACAACUUCUACAUCUACAACCCGAGGAAAGUGCUUUGGGAGACUGCAACAAACGCUGACAUGAAUGAUCUGGUUGGAGUGGAGCUUAAGAAGUACCUGGCUAAACGCAUCGAAAAGAUGGAACAGCAGAUCCAGUCAUCAGUCUCUCAAAAGAAGAAGGAGCUGUCUCCUAAGCUGAAAAAGUCAGCAGUGAAAGCAUUUGGCGUUGAUCGCAACCUGAACUCCACCCGAACCCAGCUGAAGAGUGCUUAUAAACAGGCUGGAGGGUCGCGACAUGCCAACGGAAUUAUUGUGAAGCUGAAGAGCAAGCUUCUUGAUGCCAGCUUUAAGGCAAAGCUUGACAAAGAUCCGUAUUCACUGGCCAUUGCAGGAAACAAGAUGCUCAACCUUCUCACUGGCGUAACAAGGCAACGCGUGAGAGAAGACUACUGUACCUUUGCUCUGGAUGUUGACUACACUCCUGGCAGUGACCUGUCAAUCGCUCAGUCAUUCUUCAGCGAUGUGAUGUGCGGAGAUGCGGAAAUGAUUGAGUAUUUCCAGCGAGUUAUGGGUUACUGCCUGCUAGGUAACAAUGCUGCUCACCUGAUGUUCUUCUUCCUGGGUAGAGGUUCAAACGGCAAGUCAUUGAUUCUGCAGAUCUUGGAAGCUAUUCUGAAAGGUCAGUUCUUCACAUGGAUGGUCCAGGGAAUUAUGAAAGCUGGAAAGAAGUUUGAGCAUCAAAUGCCAAAGCUGGUUGCUGAAGUGACCACGGCAAUGCGUUACGCUGAUGACCCGGUUCACCAGUGGAUUGCUGCCCAGGUUGUGAAGAAAGCUGGUGACUGGUAUGUGGACGAGGAAAAGCACCAGGGUGUUAUUGAUGAGAUUGACAGUGAUUAUGAUGAAGAUGAAGAUGGUGACAUGUUUGGCAAGCUGGUCUGA